CAGCUCCAAGAUGAUCAUCCACAGGAAGUCCAUUCCAAACAACCAUGAGGUCUCUGGUUUUCAUUCUUCUUAUUGGAGCUGCGGUUGCCUUUGACGAUGACAAGAUCGUUGGAGGAUAUGAGUGCCAGCCUCACUCCCAGCCCUGGCAGGUUUCACUGAAUGUUGGAUAUCACAUGUGCGGAGGUUCUCUUGUAAACUCUGAGUGGGUGGUCUCUGCUGCUCACUGCUACAGCAGUCGCAUUGAGAUUCGUCUUGGAGAACACCACAUCCGCUUGUCUGAUGGCACAGAACAGUUUAUCAAUUCUGCCAAGGUUAUCCGGCAUCCAAAGUACAAUUCAUACACCAUUGACAAUGACAUCAUGCUCAUCAGGCUGUCAUCGCCUGCCGAGCUCAAUGCCUACGUGCAGCCUGUGGCUUUACCUACUAGCUGUGCUGCAGCCGGCACUGAAUGCAGAGUCUCUGGAUGGGGAAACACAAUGAGCUCUGCGAAUAACCGAGACCUCCUGCAAUGUCUGGAAAUCCCCAUCCUGUCAGACAGUGACUGCCAGAACUCCUAUCCAGGAAUGAUUACUCCCAGCAUGUUUUGUGCUGGAUAUCUUGAGGGAGGAAAAGAUUCUUGUCAGGGAGACUCUGGCGGACCUGUGGUCUGUGAUGGAGUUCUUCAAGGUGUCGUUUCCUGGGGUUAUGGCUGUGCUGAAGUGAACCACCCUGGUGUCUAUACCAAAGUAUGUGAGUUCACUGACUGGCUCCAAACCACAAUGGCUAACAACUAAAUUAAGAAGAACAAUUACUGAAGCUAAUGCAACAAUGAAGACAUCACCUGUUAAAAGAAUAAAAAAUUAAAUAAAAGAUAUUAUUCAAUGA